CAAAACCUGAUAGUAGAUUAAAAGUGAACUCCCUCAGGGCAAACAUAUCAAUUUUCCAUCAUGUCCGAUCCUGCAUCCAUCGAGAAGAAGAUCGAGGAGCUCGAAAAUGAAAUGGCUCGAACUCAGAAGAACAAGGCCACCAACUACCGUGAGUUUGCAUUUAAAUAUAGUUUUUAUCUUUCUAGGCCGAAUAGCURCGCUUCGUUGCGAGUCCCAAAUUUCUCCAGGGUAUCAAUUGGGAUGUUCAGAAGUCGGCAUUCAGUAUUAUCUGGUUAUGAAUACUGUACAACAUGAUUCUAUCCCAUCGACAUGACUAUCGYUACAUUUUUUGCUCUCUAUCUGAGGUUUGGCUUCUUGUCCAUCAACUCACGAUUUYCCCCUUCUGUCUUCGGACUCAAAGAUUUGGGAACCCUGAAGGCCAAAAUCGCUAAACUGAAAUCGGAGCUGAUCAACGGACCCGGCGGAAAAUCGGCAGGAACGAAAAACGCUGAGCGUGGUUUUGACGUAACAAAGAGCGGUGACACGCGUAUCGGAUUAGUGGGCUUCCCAUCUGUUGGGAAAUCCACCCUGCUCACUAGUUUGACCGGCACGCGGUCGGAAGCUGCGGCCUACGAAUUUACAACCCUGACGUGCAUACCGGGAACGAUGAAAUACAAGGGAGCCCGCAUCCAGGUCCUCGAUUUGCCGGGAAUCAUCGAGGGGGCUGCCGGUGGACGGGGUCGUGGUCGGCAGGUCAUUUCAACGGCUCGGACCUGCAACCUCAUUUUAAUUGUGCUUGAUUCCGGAAAGCCUGUCACCCACAAAAAAAUCAUCGAACAGGAAUUGUUUGGCUUUGGCAUUCGCAUCAACCAAGUUCCGCCCAAAGUGAAGCUCGUAAAAAAAGAACAAGGAGGUAUCGGGUACCAAGAGGCAGUUCCACAAACCAAGGGAAUGAACGCCGAGGUAUGYCGGCUGAUCUGUAAAGAGUACAAAAUUUCUUGUGCCGAAGUCAUAUUGAGAGAAGACAUCACGACAGAUCAAUUUAUCGACGUUGUCGAGGGUAAUCGAUCGUACAUACCGGUCUUGUACGUGUUCAACAAAAUCGAUGCUAUUACCAUCGAAGAGCUUGAUAUUUUGGAUCAAAUGCCGAAUUAUGUGCCGAUCUCGUCGCAACACAAAUGGAAUCUAGAAGUAAGUGWACGCACUGCCUCGAACAGAGAAAGAAUUUCAAUUGCUUUGGUGUAUUCAWUUGUAUGCAGAACAUAUGCUGCUUUUUGCGAAACGUCCGUAAGAGUAUGCCUGACAUUCUGUUCCUUCGUGUCCUGAUUGUUGUGAAACCACUAGGAACUGAUGGAAGAAGUAUGGCAUCGCUGCAGCAUGAUCCGUAUUUAUACCAAACCCCAGGGGCAAACUCCGGAUUACGAUGGUCCGGUAAUUCUACAUUCGAAAAACCCCACAGUCGAAGAAUUUUGCAAUCGGUUGCACAAGGGCAUCAUGGCCAAUUUCAAUUAUGCCUGGGUUUGGGGCCGAUCGGCAAAACAUCAGCCGCAACGGUGUGGUAAGGAGCAUUUGCUAAUGGACGAAGACAUCGUACAAAUCGUGAAGAAAGUGUAAUUUACAAUAAAACUUAGUUAGCACG